AACAACAACAACAACAAUAAUAAACAGAGGUGAAUGUAUCGUCGUCAUCGUCAUCAGCAACCCAACAAAAAAGCUUUAAGGCGAGUCAAAGCCCCUCAAACCCCGAGACGCUUCGACCCUUCUUCUCUCUUCUUCUUCUCCUUCUUUUUUCUGUGUUUCUCUCUCUAAAUCUAUAUCUUUCUUUCUCUCUCUACAAAGCUAAAAUUUUUUCUUUCUUUCUUACAAUUCUCUCUCUCUCUUACUUCGAUUCCCAAAUCUCUCAGAGUUUAGCUUUCACAACUUCUAAUAGCGGCUUGAUGCUGGGGGCAGUAUGCCGGUGAUAGUUGGGAGAAAUGCAAAGGUAUCAUGCUGCCAGCUGCACUAGUGCAGUUAAUAACAGUGCAAUAGGUGGGCCAUCAGCUAGGGAGACUGCCCGAGCUGAUUCAUCUUCAUUGCCAACUAAUUUUUCCCUGAAUUCUAGGCGGUCCUCUCAACUGACUGCAUACAAGUUGAAGUGUGAUAAAGAGCCUUUAAACUCUCGACUUGGGCCUCCUGACUAUCACCCUCAAACUCCAAAUUGUCCCGAGGAGACUCUCACCAAAGACUAUGUGCAAGCUGGUUACAGGGAGACUAUUGAGGGAAUUGAGGAAAUUAGAGAGAUCUCAUUGACUCAGGUUCAAGCUUUCUCUAAGCCUAUUAUCAUCAAGUGCAAAGAGGCAAUCAGGAAACGCCUUAGGGCUAUCAAUGAAUCUCGUGCACAAAAGCGGAAGGCUGGUCAGGUUUAUGAUGUGCCUCUUUCUGGUUCACAAUUAACUAAACCUGGUGUCUUUCCUGAACAAAGACCAUGCGGUGAAGACUUCAAGAAGAAAUGGAUUGAGGGUCUAUCACAACCACACAAACGAUUACGUUCUUUGGCUGAUCAUGUCCCUCAUGGAAAUGGGAGGAGAUCACUCUUUGAAAUUUUAAUUAGAAAUAAUGUUCCGUUACUGAGAGCAACUUGGUUUAUUAAAGUAACAUAUCUUAAUCAGGUUCGGCCUGGUUCUACAAGUAUCUCUUCAGGGGCGCCUGACAAAGCUCAGUUUACCCGCACUGAGCUCUGGACAAAAGAUGUUAUUGAUUAUUUGCAAUAUCUCUUGGAUGAAUUUUUCUCAAGAAAUAAAUCUCAUUCUAAUCCACACAGCAGAGAUCGAUCACCACAAGUGUCUUAUGCUGGGUCUCUACAGCAUAGGAGUGAUCCAGCAUCAGCAGUCCUUGAUGGUGAGGAGCCUUCCCUACAUUUUAAAUGGUGGUAUGUAUCACGUCUAUUGCAAUGGCACCAUGCAGAAGGGAUACUUCUUCCCUCUCUUAUCAUUGAUUGGGUUCUAUGUCAACUACAGGAAAAAGAAACACUUGAGAUUUUGCAGUUGCUGUUGCCUAUUAUAUAUGGUGCUUUAGAAACUGUUAUUUUAUCUCAAACUUAUGUACGAAGUCUUGCUGGAGUAGCUCUUCGUUUCAUUCAGGAGCCUUCUCCUGGUGGAUCAGAUCUAGUAGAUAAUUCGCGGAAGGCAUAUACAACCUCUGCACUGGUUGAGAUGCUUCGGUAUUUGAUACUGGCUGUACCUGAUACAUUUGUUGCAUUGGACUGCUUUCCCUUACCACCCUGUGUGAAAUCUCAUACAGUAAAUGAUGGGAAUCUCAUAUCAAAGAUAUGUGGGGAUGUAGAAAAGAUUAAAAUUUGUUCUGCAGAAGCUGCUUCUAUGUUCAAAAGUAAAUUUCUUGAUACUCAAUAUCAAUCCUUGGCCUUUGAUCAUGUUGUUUCCUCAAUUCAGAAACGUGCUGAUGCUCUUGCAAAAGCUGCAAGUCCUGGCUAUCCAGUUCAUAGUCUAGCAAAAGCUGUACAGAUCUUGGAUAAAUCUCUUGUGCUUGGAGAUGUCAGAGGGGCUUGUAAGUUUCUGUUUGAAGAUCAUUUUGACAGUGCUAUUGCUGAAGGUUGGAUUGCAGAAGUAAGCCCAUGCUUGAGAUCAUCGUUGAAGUGGAUUGGGAAUGUGAGUUUGUCAUUUGUUUGUUCUGUAUUUUUCCUUUGCGAGUGGGCAACAUGUGAUUUCAGGGAUUUUCGGACUGCUCCGCCUCAUAACCUGAAGUUCACAGGCAGAAAAGAUUUUUGUCAAUUAUAUAUUGCAAUUCGAAUUAUAAAGCUGAAGAUAGGAGAUUUGCAAAGUUCAUCUCGAGGCAAGAGUGAGAGCUCCCUUGGAGUUGGUAGCUUUGAAACUAAAAAUAAUUUAAAAAGUUUGGAUGGAAGAAGUGUAAAUUCAGAUCUAUUUGAGAGCCCUGGUCCAUUACAUGAUAUCUUAGUGUGUUGGAUUGAUCAGCAUGAUGUACGCUAUGGAGAAGGUAGCAAGCGCCUUCAGCUACUCAUAGUGGAACUCAUACGUGCUGGCAUAUUUUACCCCCUGGCAUAUGUGAGGCAGCUGAUUGUAAGUGGAGUUGUGGAUAUGAAUGGACCUGUGGUUGAGCUUGAGAGGCGGAAGAGACAUUAUAGAGUCUUGAAGCAGUUGCCUGCGCUCUUUUUGCGUGAUGCUUUGGAAGAAGCGAGGAUUGCUGAGGGGCCAAAUCUCUUGGAGGCCAUUCAAGUCUACUCAAACGAACGUCGCCUUGUACUUCGAGGGCUGUUCUGUGAUCAACAGAAAAAUUCAAAUGCUGCAAAUAUAUCAACUCAAAAGCCAAUCCCUGGGAAAGAUGUUGCUUCCCCAGCUUCCAUUGAUCAGUGGAAAACUGCUCAGUCAUCGUCCUAUGUAUUGCCUGUCAAGAAUGCCAAAACUGAUUUUGAUGUUGAGGAACUGAAGAUGGCAAUCAUGGUACUGUUGCAGCUCCCAAACAGUUCAUCUUCAUCCACCGAUACAGGACUCGAUGAAUCUCAAGGGAGUGUCAAGAGGCCUUUUGGGUUGCUUAACAACAAAGUGGAUCUGGUGGAAGGUACACCUGGGUGUGAAGAAUGUAGAAGGGCAAAGAGGCAAAAAUUAAAUGAGGAAAGGAGCUCUUACCUUCAAGUACAUUCACCAAUUCCUUCAGAUGAUGAGGAUACUUGGUGGAUGAGGAAGGGGCCUAAAUCCUUGGAGUCCUUUAAAGUUGAACCUCCACUUAAGUCGAGUAAAUCAGUCUCCAGGACCCGGCAGAAGACUGUUCGUAAAACUCAGAGUCUUGCUCAAUUAGCAACUGCUAGGAUUGAGGGUAGCCAGGGAGCAUCUACAAGUCAUGUAUGUGAUAAUAGGGUAAAUUGCCCUCACCAUAAAUCUGGAUUGGAAGGAGAGACUCCUAAGUCAAUUGAUGGAAUCAGAUCAAACAAUUGCAGAGAUAUUGUUGCUAUUGGAAAAACAUUAAAGAAACUGCGUUUUGGAGAGAAGAGGACCGUUACGGUUUGGUUGAUGACUAUUGUGAAGCAGCUUGUUGAAGAAACUGAAAAGACUGUAGGCAAGGCUGGCCAGUUUGGCAGGCCUUUCACUCCUGUUGAUGAUAGGAGCUCUAUAAGGUGGAAGCUUGGCGAGGAUGAACUGUCUGCUUUACUGUAUUUGAUGGAUGCUACUAAUGAUUUAGUUUUGGCGGUCAAAUUUCUCCUUUGGUUGUUUCCAAAGGUGCUCAGUAGCUCCAAUUCUACCGUCAGUUCUGGGAGGAAUGUUGUGAUGCUGACAAGGAAUGUGGACAACCAAGUGUGUAAAGUAGGGGAGUCAUUUUUGUUAUCAUCCCUCAGAAGGUAUGAGAAUGUGCUUAUUGCAAUGGAUCUUAUUCCUGAAGCCUUGUCAGCCGCGAUGCAUCGUGCUGCAGCAGUAAUGGCCUCAAAUGGAAGAGUUUCAGGUUCAGCAGCCCUUGCGUAUGCUCGAUAUCUGUUGAAGAAAUAUAGCAAAGUGGGUAGUGUCAUAGAAUGGGAUAAAAAUUUCAAAACGACAUAUGAUAAGAGACUUAUUUCUGAACUUGAACGAUCAGCGGAUGGAGAUAUAGGGUUUCCACUUGGUGUACCGGCAGGAGUUGAAGAUCUUGAUGAUUUUUUCCGUCAGAAGAUAGGUGGUGGCCGAUUUUCAAGAGUGGGUAUGAGCAUGAGAGAUAUAGUGCAACGACAUAUUGAUGAAACUUUAAACUAUUUUUUGGGUAAAGAGAGAAAACAUUUUGCUACUGGUACAACAAAAGUUCCUGCUGUUGAAAAAUGGGAUGACGGAAAUCAGGUGGCUCAACAAAUAAUUAUGGGAAUAAUGGACUGCAUUAGGCAGACUGGAGGUGCUGCUCAAGAAGGAGACCCCUCAUUGGUCUCUUCUGCGGUUCAUGCUAUUGUUCAUAAUAUUGGGCCAACUAUUGCGAAAAUGCCAGAUUUUACAGGCAGUAAUUAUACAAAUUUUUCAUCUGCAACAUUUUCAUCAAAUUUUGCCAGACACAUUUUACGCAUCCAUAUAACUUGCCUAUGCCUGCUUAAGGAAGCUCUUGGAGAGCGACAAAGCCGUGUAUUUGAGAUUGCUCUUGCAACAGAAGCUUCUUCUGCUCUUGCCGGAGCUUUUGCUCCUGGAAAGGCAUCUCGCACUCAGUUUCAGUUAUCUUCUGAAGCUCCUGAAUCCAAUACGAAUAUGUCUAAUGACAGUUUGAACAAUUCUGCAAAGGUCGUUAUUGGACGAGGAACAAAAGUUGCAGCUGCUGUUUCUGCACUUGUGGUUGGGGCGGUUAUUCAUGGGGUUACUAGCCUGGAGAGAAUGGUUACUGUGUUCCGUUUAAAGGAAGGAUUGGAUGUAAUUCAAUUUGUAAGGAAUACAAGAUCCAAUUCAAAUGGAAAUGCCCGUUCAAUGGGCGCUUUGAAGGUGGAUAACUUGGUUGAAGUUUAUGUGCAUUGGUUUAGGCUGCUUGUUGGAAACUGUAGAACUGUUUCUGACGGAUUGAUUGUGGAACUCUUGGGUGAACCAUCCAUAGUGGCACUUUCAAGGAUGCAGCGAAUGCUCCCUCUUAGUUUGGUCUUUCCACCUGCCUAUUCAAUAUUCGCCUUUGUUUUGUGGCGGCCAUUCAUUCUGAACACAAACCUUGCAGCCCGUGAAGAAAUUAACCAAUUAUAUCAAUCUUUAAUGAUGGCCAUAGGUGAUGCCAUAAAACACUUGCCUUUUCGAGAUAUAUGUUUCAGAGAUAGUCAGGAUUUCUAUAAUCUUGUUGCCACGGAUGUUUGUGAUGCUGAAUUUGCAGCCAUGCUAGAGUUGAAUGGUUCAGAUAUGCAUUUGAAAUCAAUGGCCUUUGUUCCUCUCCGUGCAAGGCUUUUUCUAAAUGCCAUUAUUGACUGUAAAAUGCCACAAUCUGUAUUUAAACUGGAUGAUGGGAGUCGAAUUUCUGGGCAGGGUGAAGCUAGAGUCCAAUAUCUGGAGAAGGAAAAGCUUAUGGAUAAGCUUGUACAUGUUUUGGAUACCCUGCAACCAGCAAAAUUUCAUUGGCAGUGGGUGGAGCUCAGGCUUCUUUUGAAAGAACAGGCCCUCAUUGAAAAUCUUGAGAACCAUGAUAAGUCCUUAGUGGAUGCUAUACGGUUGUCCUGGCCUACUUCUGAAAAAGCUAAUGCUUCUGAAAAUGAGAACAAUUUUAUUCAAAUCAUCCUCACAAGAUUACUGGUCAGACCUGAUGCUGCGCCCCUUUAUGCAGAGGUUGUUCAUCUUUUUGGACAAUCACUGGAUGAUUCAAUGUUGCUACAGGCUAAAUGGUUCCUGAAAGGCUUGGAUGUUCUUUUUGGUCGCAAAACAAUCAGACAAAGGCUUUUUAAUAUUGCUGAGAGUGAAGGUCUUUCAACGAAGGCCCAGUUUUGGAAGCCUUGGGGCUGGUGUAAUUUUGGUUCUGAUACAGUACCAAAGAGGGGAGGGGACAAGAAGAAAUCUGAUGUCACCUCUCUUGAAGAAGGGGAAGUUGUUGAAGAGGGGAUGGACUCGAAAAAGUAUGUGAAAGGGUCUACUCAAACAUUGGACACUGAAUGUUCCAAUGUCAGUCAGCAACAAGUUACUGAGAGGGCUCUCAUCGAAUUGCUUCUUCCUUGCAUAGAUCGAAGCUCUGAUGAAUCACGAAAUUCCUUUGCAAGCGAGAUGAUUAAGCAGUUGAAUACUAUUGAACAACAAAUAAAUGGUGUUACUCGUGGGGCAAGUAAGCAGGCAGGAACAACUCCUGGAAUUGAAGGACCAUCAAACAAAGGAAAUAAUCGCAAAGCUGUGAGAGGUGGCAGUCCUGGAUUAGCUAGACGUUCUACAAGCACAGCUGAUUCUGCUCCGCCCUCUCCUGCAGCUCUGCGAGCUUCUAUGACGUUGCGCUUGCAGUUACUCCUGAGAUUUCUUCCUAUCAUUUGUGGAGAUGGGGAACCUUCCGGGCGGGGUAAUAGGCAGUUGCUUGCUUCCAUAAUACUUCGUCUCCUUGGAAAUCGGGUUGUGUAUGAAGAUGCCGACCUUUCAGUAUAUCCCCUUCAGGGUUAUCCAUCUAUGAGGGAGAUGGAGUCUCCUGCAGAAGCUUCUUUUUCUGCCUUUGCAGAUUUGUCAGGCGAAAGUCUCUUUGAUCGAUUAUUGUUGGUUUUGCAUGGGUUGUUGAGUGGUUGCCGGCCGACUUGGCUUAGGUCAAAGCCUGCUUCCAAGUCGAGCAGCGAAUUUACCAAAGAAUCUUCUGGAUUUGAUCGAGAAGUAGCAGAGAGUCUGCAGAAUGACUUAUGUCGGAUGCAACUGCCUGACACAAUUCGGUUGCGAAUUCAAACUGCAAUGCCCAUUCUUCUUCCUUCUGUCCGAUGCUUUGUUUCUUGUCAGCUACCAUCUGUUCCAGUUGCUGCUCUUGCUUCUCUUCAACCCAGCAUCUCCAUUCCUGGGGUUUACUCGGGACAUUUAAGCCCACCUCAGAGGAAUAUGGUUCCUUUGACACGAACUGCAACUAAUGCAUCAGCGAAGUCCAAGUUAUUGCCAUCACAGCUGGAUCAUGAUAUGGAAAUUGACCCAUGGACUCUCCUGGAAGAUGGUGCAGGAUCUGGGCCAUCUUCGAGUAAUACUGCCGUGAUAGGCAGUGGUGGUGACCAUGCUAAUCUUCGAGCAUCCAGCUGGCUUAAGGGUGCUGUAAGAGUGAGGCGGACCGACCUCACCUACAUUGGUGCUGUGGAUGAGGAUAGCUGAUAUAAGUUAACUUCAUUCUUGAUUUGGCUCCUGAGUGGACCCCUCCGCAGGUAAUUUGAGGUUCUCAUUUAUUAUUCAUAAUGGGCAUCAAGAUUACUGUUGCCCUUCUUGCCUUAAUGGUGAAGGGAGCUGUUGAGAGGGAUAUUUUUUUGGGGUUGGUGGGGUCCUUGUUACAGAAAUGUGAAGAUAAUGUUCUCAUGCGGCCCAUCCGACCGAGUCUCGGGCUCGCUUGACUACUAACCCUUUUGUCGCCCCUAUCUGGACUGUGCACUUCCGGAUGCAGUUUGGAGGGUUGUUGUAUAUAUAGAGAUAAUUGUUCACAUUACCAAUUGAUCUGAGUAAAAUAUCGCAAGAAUGAUUUGUAGCUGUUCCAUGCUUAUCAA